ACGCUCUGGCGUGUGUCGCGUCGAGCUUGACGUCAGACGCGGCGGCGGCAGGAGGGAGCGGCAGUGGUCGAGCGACGCUCACCGAUAGCGGAGGAGAGAGAGACGGACGGUGGAUGACGACAGGCAGUCAGGAUGCGUGAAUACAAACUGGUUGUUUUAGGAUCAGGAGGCGUCGGGAAGUCCGCUCUGACGGUCCAGUUUGUUCAGGGAAUCUUUGUGGAGAAAUACGACCCGACGAUAGAAGAUUCCUACAGGAAGCAAGUGGAGGUGGAUGGACAGCAGUGUAUGUUGGAGAUCCUGGACACGGCAGGAACAGAACAGUUCACGGCGAUGAGAGAUCUGUACAUGAAGAACGGCCAAGGCUUCGCUCUGGUUUACUCCAUCACCGCCCAGUCGACCUUCAACGACCUGCAGGACCUCAGAGAGCAAAUCCUGAGAGUGAAAGACACCGAGGAUGUCCCGAUGAUCCUGGUGGGGAAUAAAUGCGACCUGGAGGUGGAGCGAGUCGUGGCCAAAGAGUCGGGCAUCGGACUCGCCCGCCAGUGGAACUCCUGCGCCUUCCUGGAGACCUCAGCCAAGAGCAAGAUCAACGUCAACGAGAUCUUCUACGACCUCGUCCGACAGAUCAACAGGAAGAGUCCAGUUCCAGGAAAAGCUCGUAAAAAGCCGACAUGUCAGCUGCUCUAAUGACAGCUUUCUGCUCUCUCGACCAACAACCAACCAACCAACCAACCAAUCACGGGACAUCUUCCAGCUGGCCACACCCCCUUUAUUAACACCACGCUAUGUCAUCAUCAACAUCAGCCACCUUUGACCUCUGUUACCGUGACGACCACAUCUUCCCCAUCCCCUCAACACACUGUCAAACGGAGACUGUUGCCUUGGAAACAUUAAAACCAAACAUCAAGAGACUGCGAUGAUGAUGAUGAUAACGAUGAUGAUGAUGAUGAUGACGGGGAUUCUGCCGUCGGCAGGAAUGUGGGGGUUUCUCCGAAUAACUGCCCGAAAUCUAAACUCCGGUUCCCAUCAUGCUCUCUGCUAGGCCGUUCUGCGCUGGGGAGUGGCUUCUCGCUUUUUUUAUUUUUCAUUUUAAGUGUUCCUUUCCUUCCUUUUGCUUUCUUUUUCCAGUGGCACCAAGCCACGGACGCAAAGUUUGGCCGUGGUUGUCAUAGCAACGGCUGCGCGUUCGUGGUUCCGGUCGAACCUGUGGAUUCAUAAAGUGAUUAUUAUUAUUAAUAUUAUUAUUAUUAUUACAGUGAUUAUGAUUAUAAGUCUGUGUGAAAAGAUAUAAAAAGUCAUUUAAUGUU